AUGGGGUUUGAUGAAGGCAGCAUAAUUUUGAAUAGUGAAAAUGGAACUUAUUAUGCCGGACAAACUAUUUAUGGCAAAUUGGUAUUCCAACAAGACAAAGUGAAAACUUUUCGCGGUAUAUACGUUAAAGUAAAAGGUUUUUGUAAAGUGCACUGGACUACAUCCCACACUCGAAGAGAGGGUAACCGUAACGUAACCUACCAUAAAACCCAUGAGUCCCAUGAGGAGUAUUUUAGAAGGAAAGUGUAUCUACUAGGCAGUGAAGAUGGUGAGUACCACCUUCAGCCUGGUAAACACGAACUUCCGUUUGAUUGUCCAAUUCCUGCUAACUGCCCAUCAUCUUUUGAAGGCAGUUUUGGGCAUGUUCGCUACGAGAUUAAGAUUGUAGUUGAUAGAGCUUUUAAGUUAGAUCAAGAGAAAAAAAUGAGUAUACGGGUUAUCGCUCCAUUAGAUCUGAAUGUGGAACCAUAUUGUAAGGAACCGAUGCAGUUUGAUAUAGAAGACACUUAUUGCUGCUGCUGCAUGAGAUAUGGUUCCAGUGAGACCGUUGUUAAACUGCCUGUGUCUGGGUACUGCCCUGGACAGCUUAUACCCAUUGAGGUGAACUGUUCAAAUCAGGGCAAGGUUAAGAUUGAUAUCAUACUCUCCAUUAAAAAGAAAGUAACUUUUCAUGCAUCUGUAAACCCGGACACUAGGCACGAAUCGGACACAAUAGCAGAGAUCAAAAAGGGUCCUAUCCCCGGAGGGACCACCAGAACCUGGAUGGUGGAUAUGGAGGUGCCUGCUAUAGAUGUGUACAACAUGGGAUCCUGUCGGUACAUUGAUGUAUACUAUGAGUUUAAGGUGACUGUUAGUCCUAAUGGAUGCCACAAGGACAGUGAUGAUAAGAGGCGUAUUGUUAUCGGCACGAUCCCGAUGGUCUGGCAACAGGACAACGUCCCGAAUCCUCUACAAGACCAAAUGCCGAUCUUAAAUCAAUCUAUGUUUCCCGCGAGCCCUUAUCCACCGAACCCUUACCCCGUUGAAAAUUCACCUUAUCCUGGUGAAAACUCCACGUAUCCGUCUCAAAACUCACCAUAUCCUGACACAAACCAACCUCAUCCAGGUGUAAUUCCAUCUUACCCCAAUGUAAACCAACCUUAUCCGGGUGCGAUCGCUCCUUAUCCUGGCGCAACUUCGCCUUAUACCUUAAAUCCGCAAAUGAACAAUUCACCAUAUCCAGGUGCAAUUAUACCUAGUACAAAUACAUCACAUCCCACUUCACCUAGUCCGGUUAACCCACCUUAUCCCGCAUUCAACUUGACUCCAAAUCAAAACUUGGCUCCUUAUCCACCUAACAGUUCACCUUAUCCGGCACAAAAUCCAUUGCCAAACCCUAACGUCAGCCCUUACCCCGGUAGUCCCAAUCAAGCCAAUGUCCAGUAUCCUCCGGGAAUCAAUCGCAGCCCAGUUUUAACCGGGAGUAGUAUCUCACUGAAGACAGGAACCUUUGGUUUUAUUGCACAAGGUGAUACUAAAGCUUUCCCAAUACCAUCACUACCGCCUGGUGCUGAUGUACCUUAUCCUGCUACUCCCACAAACAAUCCAUACGCUACAGCCAGCGCGCCUGAACCCGCCACACCCGAUGAUGAAAGUAAGAACUAA